CAAGUGCGCUAGUGCCGCAAGCUAUUGGCUGCGACAAUCUGGCCUGUCAUUGGUUAGGUGUGUGUUGUGCUAUAACUGCGGUUCAGAUGAUUUUCGUAGCUGUCAGUGAGGAGAAAGUGAAAACAUGAGAACCGUAACAUUAAAGUGCUGUUUAUAUGGGUAUAAAUGCCUAGGGAGUUAAUGGAUUCUAAACUGAAAGAAGUGUUCCGAAAAAUAUGUGCGAGGAAUGCUGUAUAGAAGAAAGGUUAAAAUACGAUUCCACGAGUUUAUUGUUUACUUGAUGUCAUUAGACUCCAAGGCCCAAGUGCUUCUCGUUUCGUGACACCCGCAGGUUCGGGAGCCAUACAAGUUUCAGAUCAUGAUGUUUGAUGAUGACUUGGCACUACAGUUGCAACUGCAGGAUAUGAACAGACAACCAUCAAUAAUGGAUCUGCCUGACGACUCAUCUACACACCGGUGGAAGAGUCGAAAAGAAAGUGAAAAUGAGGACCCAAACAAAAAACCAAUGACACUCAUAGAUCCAUCUUUUGAGUAUAUUGAUCCAACUCCAGAUGUUCAUGCAAUGUUUUUGCAGUUCAACUCCCGCUUCUUUUGGGGUAAACUUUAUGCUGUUGAAGUAAGAUGGAGUCCAAGGAUGACUUCGUGUGCUGGUGUGUGUUGUUAUGAAGGGAGAGGUGGUUUAUGUUCCAUUCGUUUGAGUGCACCAUUGUUGAAAUUACGCCCACGGAAGGAUCUUGUUGAAACAUUACUUCAUGAAAUGAUACACGCCUACCUCUUUGUGACAAACAAUGAUCGGGACAGAGAUGGGCAUGGACCUGAAUUCCACAAGCACAUGUAUCGCAUAAACAAAGAAGCAGGCACCAAAAUAUCUGUGUACCAUAACUUUCAUGAUGAAGUGAAGCUUUAUCAGCAACACUGGUGGCGGUGCAAUGGCCCAUGCCAGAAGUGGCGACCUUAUUUUGGUAUGGUAAAACGAGCAAUGAAUCGACCUCCUGGGCCCACUGACUUUUGGUGGGCAAAUCAUCAGGCUAAAUGUGGUGGCACCUACAUCAAAGUCCGUGAGCCAGAAGGUUUCUCAAAGAAGAAAACAGGUCAUGCACCAGUAAAAGGGACUGCUACAGUGUCUAAAGAGAGGAAUGACAUCCGUAAUUUCUUUCCAUUUAUGGGUGAAGGUAAGGCAUUGGCCACAAUCAGUUCACAUGACAAAGCAAGAUCUGUUUCAGAUGGAAAAUGUUCAUCUGAAAAGGAUACUCUCAGAAACACAGAUAAGGUUACUUCUAACAAAAGGGAGCCGAGUGAUUUAGUGCAUCGUGGGCCAGUGUCUGUAAGCAGUUUCAUUAAAGGUGCCCCAGUAGCCAAAGAUAAAAAUGUAGGUGUUAAGGAGCUAUUUGACAAGCCAGUUUUAAACACUCACUCUAAAAAUGUAACAAAUAGUAAAAAUAAUCUCCUAAGCAAUAAUAAGAGUAGUUCACCUUUUGGCGCAUCUCCAAACAAUAAGUUUGGAAAGGCUCGAAUUGGAGGAAUGUUGGCCAAUAAAGGAAAUGGAACUAUGGUAAUCACCCAAAAAGGAAAUAAACAGACACAGAAAAAGUCCAAUGGUGCAAAUGAUUCAGCACCUCAUCGCUCUGUUUCUGCUUCAGUUACUCCUUUUGUUGGAAAAGGCUAUACUGUUGGAUCCACUAGCAGCUGUCAGUCUGUGCCAUCUGCUACUGAAAAGCCAUGGUUGUCCUUGUUGGACAAAAUUGAAGCUGACAGGAAGAAAAAGAAACACUUGUCCUCUUUGACAAUUGGCAAAGUCUUCUCAACAACCAAAACAGUAAAAAAUAAUGAAAUUAUUAAAAAUGAAAGUAAAAUGAAGAAUUCCAGUGAGUCAAUGCGGUCACCACCCAAGAAAUUCAAAAAUGAUCCUGCUACAAAACCUUUUUUCAUAACGGAUGUGGGCAACCACAAUGAAAUCCACAGUAGCAGGGAUAGUAUCUGCCAAGCACAGUCAUCUGCAAAUGGCAGUUUGGAAGUUGUGGUCAACUGUCCAACUUGUGGAACAUUAGUGGAAGAAAAUGCAAUCAAUUCACACUUAGAUACUUGUUUGCAGCAUAGAACAGAAGACACACCUGCAUCUCAGAAUGUAGCAAACUGCCCAAUCUGCAACAAGAAUUUUCCAUUAAAUGAAAUUAAUAGUCAUGUUGAUGUAUGUCUGAGUAAUAAUGAUGAUUCUACCUCUGUAACAGUGGAAGAGGAAGAUGAAAUGAUUAAAUGUCCUAUGUGUGAUGAGAAACUUUUAAAACGUACACUGGAUGUCCAUCUAGAAUCGUGCAUUCUCUGUAUUACAAAAGCAGAUGCUUGUUUCAUUGAAGAUGACUGUGAGAGUGAGAUGAAUGAUGCAAGUGGAAGUGAUGGUGGAGAGGAUUUACAUCCGUGCCCUCUAUGCAUGAAGUUAGUGAAAGAGGAUCUCAUGAACAUCCAUUUGGAUGAUUGCUUGUCAGCAGACAUUUUGCAGGAAAUGGCUCAAGAGUGAUGCUGCCAUCAGUUAAAUGUUCCAAAAAAAAAAGUCACUAGUCAAGCUGUGGAAGACUUGUGUUUAUCAGUUUAAGACUUCUUGAAUUUUAAUUAUAUUCUUUGUUAUUUAUGUUCCAAGUGAUUUUUCAAGAACAUUCUUUUUAAUCUUUUAGUCAUAAAUGGCAUUUCAUUAGAUUUUUUUUUUUCCAAGUAAUUUGUUUUAUAACUGAUGCUCUUUGAAGACAAUGAAAAAAAUCCAUGCUGCAAACUUGUA